GAUAAUGAGUAAUAUAUUCAAAUUAAACGAAAAUGACAUCGAUCAAACGCUGUGCUUGUUUACCGUUUCUGUGUGGUUAUUUUUUCUUUAUUGUACCGUGAUGUGUGGGCGUGGUUUGCGGAACGCCACCAAUAGCGCUUCAGUGGGCGUGAUUACGUCUAGCUUUCAUUUAAACUGACAGUGAGUCGACGUUGAGUUGAAGAUAAACAUUGAGGUGGUAGCAAAGACGAUUACACAGGAAAUGGCUCAGGAGACCAACCAGACCCAAGUGCUCUGUGCGAACGGUUGUGGGUUCUACGGGAACCCGCGUAAUAAUGGCAUGUGCUCAGUGUGCUACAAAGAUUCCUUACAGCGACAGAACAACAGUGGCAGAUCCAGUGACCCAGUGUCUUCUAGCAAAAGCAAUAUUGGAGAAACUAUGACGGUACAAUCGACGUCACAGCAUGAACAACACAGAUCUUCUCUCAGCAUCCUUUCCAGUCAGAUUUUGUCAACACCAGCAGCAGCUGCGCAUAAAGAUGAAGCUUCAGGAGUUGCUCAAGCAGCUCUGAAAACACAGGAAAAACCAGAUGAAGUGUCAAGUAGCAAAUUGACAAGAAACAUUCAGGAGAAAGCUAGCACAGACCAGCUGCUUACAGCAGGUAUCUCAGUGGAGUACAGCAUAUCAAGAGGAAAGAGAAAACUAGAAGAAACUUCUCUGCAAGUAGACUUUCAACUGUCUGAAUCAGAUGCCGUCUCAGAGCAGGCUUCUGAUGUACCAGAACAGUCCAAACCCAAGAAGAACCGCUGCUUCACAUGUCGCAAGAAAGUGGGGCUCACUGGCUUCGACUGCAGAUGUGGAAACAUAUUUUGUACCGCUCACCGAUACUCUGACACUCACAACUGUAGUUUUGAUUACAAGGCUGAUGCAGCUGAAAAAAUAAGGAAAGAAAACCCUCUCAUCAUCGGGGAGAAAGUCAAGAAAAUUUGAGCUGUGGAUUGCAAAGAUGUUUUGGCCCUCCCUUCCCAACACCUUUUUUUAGACCCUUAAAAUUGUAUAUGCCACAAUUAACCACAUCUACGCAAGUUUGUUUAGUGCCUUUUUUGUUUUAUUUUACCUCUCAAAUAUAUUUACUAAAAAAAUACUGUGGUUUGUCAACUACUAAAUAUUUAUAUAAUUGCAAAAAUAGGUUAAUUCUCUAAAUUCGUUUUUUUUUUUUUUCUGAUAUACUGCAACAACUUGGGUGGCUGUGCAUUGUGCAAAUCUUGCAUUUAAAACCAUGGCCAAAUUUUGCUAUCGUUUUUUUUGUUGUUGUUGUUUUUCUUGAAAUCAGGAGUAUAAGCAAUACAAUUACAAAUAUUUACUUUUAAAAAAGGUCCUUUUCAUCCUUAUUUCAAAUAAAGGGGCUCAUACAAGUCAUUUCAAAUAUACAAAUGAUUAUGCAUGUGUGACUGAUUUCUCCAAAUUAACAAAUUUUUUGCACUUCACUACAGACUGUGAUUACUUUUUUUAUUGUUCAUAUAUGAGUGAAAGUUUUAUUUAUAUAUUUCAUUUAUGAGUGAAAGUUGUAUUUAUGUUUGUGUGUUCACUGCAUUCAUGUUCAAUAAAAUGACAAAUCACACUGUAGCAAGGGGUAUAGUGAAUCAAUUCAUCUUGCUAUAAUAUCUCUUAUUAGUCAAAUUCUUUAUAAAACACUUGCUUUGGAAUCUGAGCUCUGAGAUAAUUGAAAUAUGACUGAUUUUAAUACAAGACUGGAAUAAAUGCUAAUUUACAUAUUACAUGCUUCUGUUUACUAUCUGAAAGUGUUGCCAAGUCUGCAGGUUUCCCGCCAAAUUAGGCUACUUAAUAUGUUGCAGGAAGAUAUUUUUUUCAAAACCGAGUUGGCAAAAUUGUAGUUAAGUUGUAAUUAAAGGAGGUGGGGGUGUAUGACUUUGUUUGACUUAAACUAGACCAUCAGGUGACUCC